CGGCGCGGUAAACUUGACAUUUGAGUGCAUCUUCCCACCGGCAAAAGACGAACCUAAUAACUCGUUGUCAAAGCCGAGAUACACACUCAACUCAGGCUCUUCGCUUCCCAAAGCUUCUCGUCAAGACAUGGAAGCUAUUGCCAAGUUCGAUUUCAUGGCCUCGGGUGAGGACGAAUUGAGCUUUCACACUGGAGAUAUUCUGAAGAUCCUAAGCAACCAGGAGGAGUGGCUCAAGGCGGAGCUUGGAAGCCAAGAAGGAUAUGUGCCUAAGAAUUUUAUAGAUAUCAAGUUUCCUGAGUGGUUCCAUGAAGGCCUCUCUCGACAUCAGGCAGAAAACUUACUCAUGGGCAAGGAAAUUGGAUUCUUCGUCAUCAGGGCCAGUCAGAGUUCACCAGGAGACUUCUCCAUCUCUGUCAGGCAUGAGGACGAUGUUCAGCACUUCAAAGUCAUGCGAGACACCAAGGGCAAUUACUUCCUGUGGACUGAGAAGUUCCCAUCCCUAAAUAAGCUGGUGGACUACUACCGGACAACUUCCAUCUCCAAACAGAAGCAGAUCUUCCUUCGGGAUGGAACCCAAGAUCAGCAGGGUCACCGGGGCAACAGCCUGGACAGGAGAACCCAGGGAGGCCCUCCCAGGGAGGUUCCAAGUGGGACCGCAGGAGAAGAAAUCCGACCCUUGAUGAACCGGAAGCUGUCAGACCACCUUCCUCUGGGUACCCAGCAGUUCCACCCGCACCAGCAACUGCCCCCCCAGUUCCCACCAGGGCCCCAGCCCCCUCCACAGCAGCGCUAUCUGCAGCAUUUUCACCAGGACCGUCGUGGAGGCAGCCUGGACAUAAACGAUGGACACCUCGGCAUUGGCAGUGAGAUGAAUGCCACCCUGAUGCACCGGAGACAUACAGACCCCGUACAACUCCAGGCGGCAGGGCGAGUGCGCUGGGCCAGGGCACUCUAUGACUUUGAGGCCCUGGAGGAAGAUGAGCUGGGGCUCAGAAGUGGAGAGGUGGUCGAAGUCCUGGACAGCUCCAACCCGUCUUGGUGGACCGGCCGCCUGCACAACAAACUGGGUCUCUUCCCUGCCAACUAUGUGGCCCCCAUGAUGCGAUGAGUCAUGCUGGGAGGCUUAGGGGCUUUUCGUCUGAAGCCUCCUGCAAGAUGGAGGCAAGGGGGAAAAGCUGAACUCAAUAACUACACAUACAUGCAUACAUGUGCAUGUGUGCGCCUGUGUACACACAACAUGUAUAUGUACGCCUAUGUCUACACA